GUAGAAUGAAAUAUUUUUCAUCUGCUUUUUCGCAUUCGUUUUUUACAUUCUGUCUUUCGAGAUUAUUUAUAUCAUUUUUAGAAAUAAACUCGGAUCUUUAUGAAUGAAAAAUGCUAAUCAUAUCGCGGACGUUGUUUGCGCGAUUUUUGAAUUUAACGGAAUUACCGUUGCAAAACUGUGCGGUUUUCGCGCGGCCAACUUCAGGGGCGGUGUAGUUUAAGUUUGUUGAAAACUUCAUAUAUGGGCAAGCGCGGAGUGUCCUGUGGCAGGAACACGAAGAUCUCUCGCGCAGCGAUUCUGUCGAGGCGGAGCGUGAUGUUUUUCACAGAAUCGCGUAUGCGCUGCGCCCUUCAACGGCCAUGAAUUGUUUUUGACUUUCCUCUGGAAUACUGGCAAAUUCGCGCGGACGUCUUUCAUCGAUCACAGCCCGACACCAUGGCUGUACGUCGUGGAAAACGUAAUCUGAAACUGCAGGUCUCCGAUGAAGCGCCCGCACCAGUGACACCACCAAGGAAUUUAGACAAACGGACUACUAUUACAAUAGACGAAAAAACGUUUGUUGUAGAAGCUGAUGAUUUAGAAACUCUAUGUGUUCUUGGUCGUGGCGCAUAUGGAAUUGUUGAUAAAAUGCGACACAAACAGAGUGGUACAAUUAUGGCUGUCAAGAGAAUAACUGCAACUGUUAAUACACAAGAACAAAAGCGUCUACUCAUGGAUUUAGACAUUUCCAUGCGUAGCUCAGCAUGUUCCUAUACAGUACAAUUUUAUGGAGCCUUAUUCCGAGAGGGAGAUGUAUGGAUAUGCAUGGAAGUGAUGGAUAUGAGCCUUGACAAAUUUUAUACAAAAGUAUAUAAACAUGGUCGUGCCAUUCCUGAAGAUAUUUUAGGAAAAGUGGCUUUUGCGGUAGUAAGCGCAUUACAUUACCUCUAUUCACAAUUACGGGUAAUUCAUAGAGAUGUUAAGCCUAGCAAUAUUCUAAUUAAUCGGAAAGGAGAAGUAAAAAUUUGCGAUUUUGGUAUAUCUGGUUACCUCGUAGACUCAGUUGCCAAGACUAUUGAUGCUGGAUGUAAACCAUAUAUGGCUCCAGAAAGGAUAGACCCGUCGGGUAACCCAUCGCAAUAUGACAUCAGAUCCGAUGUCUGGUCAUUAGGGAUUUCUCUUGUUGAAUUAGCCACUGGUAAAUUUCCAUACGAGUCAUGGGGCACACCGUUCGAGCAACUGAAACAAGUGGUAAAAGAUGAUGCUCCAAAAUUACCUGCUGGCAAAUUCUCUCCUUCGUUCGAGGAAUUUAUCAAUAAGUGUCUAAUGAAAAAUUACACUGCCCGUCCAAAUUACAGUCAAUUAUUAGAACUUGACUUUAUUAAGGAAUAUGCUCAGAAGGACACAAAUGUAGCGGAAUUCGUCGGGGAGAUUUUAGACUUACCGGAAAAUGAGCAGCCGGUAUAGUACAUACAAUAUUUUGACACAACCUGCAAUAUAAUUUGACUUGCAAUUUAUAUUUUUGCAAGACAGAGAGUCACUUAAUGGCAUCCUCAUAUGUAAUUUAUAUUAUCGAUCAUCGAUUCAUUAUAUCGAGACGUAACUUGAAUAAUUAUUUCUUUAUUUAUCAU